AUUAAAAGGUGUGGAAUUGCUAGUAAAAUAACGUGGGUAUACUAUUCGACCAAUCAUAGUGCAUUUAUUAAAAUAUUGUAUGACUAAACACAAAAACCAAACACAAUUAGUAACAAAGUCAUUUUUGUGUGUGUUUUUAAAAUGAAACGCACUACAUAUUUUGUUUGUUUAGUAAAUAUAUUGGUACAAGGAGAUUUCAAUUCUAAUUUCAUGUUAAGAAAUCCGUCUUACGAUAACAGAGGAACUAAUGCAGUCCAUGUUAUUUCAUCAUCAAAUUCUAAUAGUCGUUUAGCCUGUGCAUCUCAAUGUACAGCUUGGGGUGAGUGUAAAUCUGUGAUGUUUAACAUGAACACCAACGAAUGUCAACUUCUGUCUAUUCACAUGGGUGACCAAUCGGACGCAGGACCACAUAGUUCCAUAGGUUGGCUGUACUAUGAAAAGCAAUUUGAUUGUACAAUAUGGCACCAACGUUUCGGUCAUUGGUACUUGUUGGAUUCUAAUUACAGAACAUUUAAUGACUCACGGACUUUUUGUGCCAGCCUGUCUCCUCCGGCUUACGUUAUUGAAGUGCAAUCUGAAACGGAAAAUGAUUGGCUAAUCGAGCUAACAUCUACCCUAUGUGGAGUACCUUACGAAUACUGGCUGAACGGAUAUGAUACCGAUAACUCUGGGACGUUUACGUGGAUUGAUAGUCAAACUCCGUCAACUUACACAAACUGGUACACUGGUGAACCGAAUGGCAUUGGUUCUGAGAAAUGUAUUGCAUCAUCUACUGGAUAUGAAGGAGCGUGGGUUGAUAUUCCAUGUACAUUUAGUAGACCAGUUGUUUGUGAAAGAAAUUUUUAGAAGAAAUAUAUAUUAAGUGACCAAGCAAAUAGAACACAAAACAGCGUUGUACAUGUAGUUAGAGUAGUUGAGAUUAAUUGGAGUUACUUACAAUUUAAAAAAGAUGAUUUUAUGUAUUGCUGUAUUGUUUUUUUCUUAUAAAUGAAUCACAAGAAGUACCGUGACCCCGUCUAUUAGUUUACUGGCAGCCGAAGUCUCAAACCGGAAGCCGCGCCCAGAAUACAUGCAUUGAGUCCACGCUUAAGGAUAAAGUGCGAAAAGUUUUCAUGCAUUUGAGUAAAUAUAUAUAUGUAUUUAAAAACGUACAUUUAAUCUUUCUAGGCCCCCUACGUAUUAUCCAAAUUCUAUAAAAAAAAAACAACAAAUAGUUUUAUUAAUCAAAAUAUUAUUGCUCGUGUUCUUGUAGCGAUUUGUGGAAUGGGUUGCGUGUAUAACCGAAUGCAGAAUGCCCUUGACGGUCAAUAUAAUUAAAGUUAAAUCUUUAUCUUGUGUUUUAGACAAAAUCAAUAUAGAAUAUACAUUUGGAGUGACCAACACAUCAAACAAUAGGCAAUCUUAUAAAUGUUAAUGUUCAUGUUAUCCGGCUUGGUUGGAAUAUAUAUGCACAUUUUUUUUUUUUUUACAUAUUAUGUGACAUACGUUUAUACUUUUGUUUCUGUACUUUGUAACGUACAAAACCAGUCACA